GAUAUGGCGGCCAUCCGGAAGAAGCUGGUGAUAGUAGGUGAUGGCGCUUGUGGGAAAACGUGCCUCCUUAUUGUUUUCAGCAAAGACCAGUUUCCCGAAGUCUACGUUCCCACAGUGUUUGAAAACUACAUCGCUGAUAUUGAAGUGGAUUGUAAACAGGUGGAGUUGGCAUUAUGGGAUACUGCGGGCCAAGAAGACUACGACAGAUUGAGGCCACUCUCCUACCCGGACACCGACGUCAUCCUCAUGUGUUUUUCCAUCGACAGCCCGGACAGUUUAGAAAACAUUCCUGAAAAGUGGACGCCGGAGGUGAAGCACUUCUGUCCCAAUGUUCCCAUCAUCCUGGUGGGGAACAAGAAGGACCUGAGAAAUGAUGAGCACACACGGAGAGAGCUGGCCAAGAUGAAGCAGGAGCCGGUCAAGGUCGAGGAAGGCCGUGAGAUGGCCAACAGGAUCAACGCCUUUGGCUACCUGGAGUGCUCUGCCAAGACCAAGGACGGUGUUCGGGAUGUGUUUGAGAUGGCCACCAGGGCGGCACUGCAGGUCCGCAAGCGCAAGAAGAGAAGUGCCUGCACAUUGUUGUGA